CUACUCAAACCGCGUAAACUUCACCUCUCCAUCUCUCCCUAGAGUCUUGAUUAGCAUACAAACACAGUAGGAAAUUUUCCAUAUUUACAUUGCAUUUCAUUAUGCUGCCGUUCAAACGGGCCAAAUUCUUGGUAACUUUCAAACCCUCUCGAAUUCUCUCCUUUAUUCCUUCAACUACAUUUGUCAAAUUCACACACCAAGAAAAAGUUCGUUCUUUUGUCGAAGGUUUGACGAUAAAAAUUCUCAACUCUUUGUUAUAAAAAGCCAAGCCAUUGCACCACUUUCAUCACAUCACAUUACAAGCUUACCCUUGAAAACAAUUUGUUUCAUUGGCAGAGACAAGCAUUUGGAGGGUUGGGAUUGUACGAAAGAGGAGAGAGAAAGUUAAGGAGAAUGAUGGAAAUGAAUGGUGAAAAAGGUGUUGUUGAUUUUGAGGAAAAUUAUGGUGUUGAGGAUCAGGCCAUCACACCAUGGACUGUUUCUGUUGCUAGUGGGUAUAGUUUAAUGCGUGAUCCACGCCACAACAAAGGGGUCGCCUUCACUGAAAAGGAAAGAAACGCGCAUUACCUAACAGGGCUGCUGCCUCCGGCAGUUUUCUCUCAGGAGCUCCAGGAAAAACGGUUGAUGAAAAUUCUGCGAGAAUAUGAAGUGCCACUGCAGAGAUACAUGGCCAUGAUGGAUCUCCAGGAGAGAAAUGAAAAGCUGUUCUACAAGCUUCUCAUAGACAAUGUCGAAGAACUUCUACCCGUGGUCUACACUCCUACAGUUGGUGAGGCCUGCCAGAAGUAUGGUAGCAUCUUCCGUCGUCCACAGGGUCUCUACAUCAGCUUGAAAGAGAAGGGAAGGAUUCUUGAAGUGUUGAAAAACUGGCCCGAGAAAUCUAUCCAAGUUAUCGUGGUAACGGAUGGUGAGCGCAUUUUAGGGCUUGGAGAUCUUGGUUGCCAGGGGAUGGGGAUUCCUGUUGGGAAACUUUCUCUGUACACGGCCCUUGGUGGAGUUCGUCCCUCAGCUUGCUUGCCCAUUACCAUUGAUGUCGGCACAAACAACCAGAAGCUGUUAGACGAUGAAUUCUACAUUGGUCUGAAGCAGAAAAGAGCAACUGGACAGGAAUACUAUGAACUUCUAGAAGAGUUCAUGUGCGCGGUUAAACAGAACUACGGGGAGAAGGUCUUGAUACAGUUUGAAGAUUUUGCAAACCACAAUGCCUUUGAACUACUUGCCAAAUACCGAACUAGUCAUCUCGUAUUCAAUGACGAUAUCCAGGGUACAGCCUCUGUGGUUCUUGCCGGGCUCGUUGCAGCCUUGAAACUAGUUGGUGGAACUCUAGCAGAUCACAGGUUCUUAUUCUUGGGUGCUGGUGAGGCUGGGACUGGUAUAGCUGAACUUAUAGCUCUCGAGAUAUCCAAAAAGACCAAUACUCCACUGGAAGAGGCCAGGAAGAAAAUUUGGCUGGUGGAUUCCAAGGGGCUGAUUGUCAGUUCUCGAAGAGAGUCUCUGCAGCAUUUCAAGAAGCCUUGGGCACACGAGCACGAACCAGUGAAGGAACUAUUGGCUGCUGUUAAGGCAAUCAAGCCGACUGUCUUGAUAGGGACUUCGAGUGUUGGAAAAGCUUUCACUAAGGAAGUAGUUGAGGCCAUGGCAUCCAUGAACGAGAAACCUCUCAUACUUGCCCUGUCAAAUCCGACCUCUCAAUCAGAAUGCACUGCUGAAGAAGCUUACAAAUGGAGUGAGGGGCGCGCCAUAUUUGCUAGUGGAAGCCCGUUCGAUUCUGUAGAGUACAAUGGGAAACUUUUCGUCCCUGGCCAGGCGAACAACGCUUACAUAUUCCCUGGGUUUGGUUUAGGUUUGAUCAUGUCCGGGACGAUAAGGAUACACGAUGACUUGCUAUUAGCAGCCUCUGAAGCUUUGGCAGCUCAAGUGACGGAGGAGAACUACGCAAAAGGACUGAUAUACCCCCCGUUCACGAAUAUUAGGAAGAUCUCAGCUCAUAUUGCAGCUACUGUAGCUGCCAAGGCAUACGAACUUGGUUUGGCUUCUCGUCUUCCCCGACCCGCAGAUCUUGUCAAGUUUGCAGAGAGCUGUAUGUACACCCCAGUCUACGGAAGCUAUCGCUAAUCAAAUCCUAAAUUUGGCCUUCCAUCUCCUAUUUUUUUGUAAUUCUUUCUCAUAUUGGAUUGUUAGUAAUCUUGGUUUUUACUCUUAUGUACUGAUUCUAGAUUAGUAAAUGUCAAAGUACUUUGAUUUUUUGUGUA